ACAGCAUAUCGAGCCGCAGGAUGCAAGGUAGUGUUUACAUUUAGUACCAGCCGCCCGAUAUUGCGAACACCUUAUCCCUUCCGUCUUGUCCGAGGUCUCCUCAAGGUCAUCAUGUAGUGCCACAGUACGCAUUUAACGAGACGUGCUAGGAUCGACACGCUCAGUAACCGUCCGAAUGCCGUAAAGGACGACAGUGGAACGGGGAUUGUUAUAGAGGAAGCGGAAUUCGUGGAUUGCGAAGGAGAACCAGUUGGAGAAGAUGACAUGCGUUACCAAGAAGCCCUGGCAUACAGGGUAGUGCAAGUGAACAGCACAGCAGCCAUACAAUCAGCCAAUGAAAUAGAACUGCCUGUGUCACAAGCAGGAAGCAACACCGUACAAGUACUAACGUCCCCUUUGAAUGGGCAGUUUUAUAUCGUUGGAAAUGCCAAUGAUGUAUUCACCGCAGCGCAGACAUCUAGAUCCUUAGUACCAAGGGCGGCUACGCUUCAAAUAGAGACAUCGAGGAAUUGCACUACUGGGUUGAAGAAGAGAGACGACAGACGGAGAGCAACGCACAAUGAAGUCGAACGUCGUCGUAGAGAUAAAAUAAACAAUUGGAUUGCGAAAUUGGGUAAAAUCAUACCUGAAUGUAAUGUAACAGGUACAACUACUAAUAGCAGCAGCAAUAGCGGCGGAGAGGGAAAAGCUAACUAUGAGACUCAGAGUAAAGGAGGCAUAUUAGCAAAGGCUUGCGAAUACAUAGGAGAGCUGCGUGCGACUAAUCAAAAUCUGAGCCAGUGUUUGCGGGACAAUGAGAAGCUACGACAGGAGAUUACAGCGUUGAAGCAGUUAAUAACCCAAUUGAAGCACGAAAAUCAUCAACUUAGGUCGCAAAUAACAACCUCGACUGGUAACACUGUUGAAGUUGUACACUUGAGUCCUUAAUCUUCCUCUAAUUUGUAAGCCAAACGAUUCUUUCUGUAAAUACUAGAACUUAUGAGUUGUUUUUCUUUACACGGAAUAUGUACACUCGACUCGUCCGUGUUCGUUCGUACAUAGAGUUGAGAAAUCCAGAGAUAUGUUUUAAAAUGAAAAUACACCGGACACACGGAGUGUACAUAUGUUACGAAUAUCUAAACACAACGCGCGCGCGCGCGCGCACGCGCGCACACACACACACACACACACACACACACACACACACACACACACACACACUCUCUCUCUCUCUCUCAACCUGUGUGGAAGCGUCUAAUUUUAAAUACAAAGGCGUACGUGGUGCCGAGUUUAUAUAA